AUGCCGGCUCUCGAGCCAAUGCGGCUAACGUCCACGUAUUUCGACAAUUUGAUUCGCGACGGCGAGAGCAAGGAAAUGGAGAAACAAUGGAACGGAGCGGGAGGUGACCGGGCUCUUAUCGCUACGUACGAUAACCCGCCUUCUGCAUGGCUUUUUGCACAGGCCGCGGUGCAAUUGCUUGUCGCUGUUGGUGGACUUGGCAACCACAUUCGAAAGCAAAGGCGGAUAUCGGUCAUGGCUACCGCUGCGGUCUGCUUCCACAUUUUUCUCGACGCGCUUCUGACAAUCGGAUGUUUGAUUAUCCUCUUCUCGGUGAUGCCUGCGCAGGAUCGCGUGACGACGGUCUACAUGGACGCUCUUGCGCUAAUUGAUUCGGUUCUCUCUGGACCAGCAGGGACCAAGAUGUUCGAUCUGGCUGACAUCGUAAUUUUCGAGAAUUGGUCAGAGAAAGUGCAGAAGGCAGAGACGUUUUUCUUAAAUGAAAUAUUUCCGCUCAUAUCGCGCCAAGCGUUGCAAGCUUUGGCCAAUUGGCUCGAUUUUGCUGGAGAGUUGCACUCGCCCGAUCUCGUCCUCGAGCAGAUUCUCUUUGUGAAGGUGAUCAUCGGUGUUGUCAUCUUCUACGGUGCUAUACGGUGCAUCAUGAACGUUGGGAUACAUAUGUUUGUCACAAGUCCAUUGUGCUCCUGGACGAAGAGCGCCCAGAGCCCGUGUCCCUCGUGUUCCUUAUUGCCGUCAAGACAGUCGCACUAUUGA